AUGGAUGUUCUCCCGGUGACCCUGGCGCCCGCAGACGUCCUCUCGGUGAACGUGGGAGGAGUCCGGUUCUCGCUGGCCGCCCAGAUGCUGACCCCGUUCCCGCACACGCGCCUCGGCAGACUGGCCUUCUGUCCGGACGCGGCGCUGGAGCUGUGCGACGACUGCAGAGACGGAGAGUUCUUCUUCGACCGCAGUGCGCAGACUUUCCAGUAUGUGCUGAACUUCUACCGCACUGGUCACCUGCACGUGUGCGAGGAGCUGUGUGAGCUGUGCUUCCUGCAGGAGCUGCAGUACUGGGGCCUGGACGAGCGGCGCAUCGAGGCGUGCUGCCGCGACCGCUACCAACGCCGCAAAGAGCUGAAGGACUGUGCGGAGCUGAGCCAGGACCAGACCCUGGACCUGGACCAUGGUCUGGACCCGGAUCGCGAGUUCCAGGGAGCGCUGUGCUCUGAGCUCCGCAGGCGGUUGUGGAACGUCCUGGAGAAGCCGGACUCAUCCAGGACCGCACACGUCUUUGGGACGCUCUCCAUGGGCUUCGUGGUUCUGUCGGUGGUAAACAUGGUGCUGAUGUCUCUAGACCUGGAAGAGACGUUGGGUGGGAGUUUGGGCGUGGCUUCUGUCCUGGACGUCCUGGAGCUGGUGUGUGUGGCCUGGUUCACGGUGGAGUUGCUGCUUCGGUUCCUCUGUGUUCGGGACAAGUGGCGCUUCAGCCGCGGCGUGCAGAAUGUGAUCGACCUGCUCGCUGUGCUGCCCUUCUACGUAACGGCGGCCGUGGAGACUCUACACGGCGAGUCCUCUGACCUGGAGGACAUGGGCCGAGUGGUGCAGGUCCUGAGGCUGCUGCGGUGUCUGCGCAUGCUCAAGCUGGGACGCCAUCUCACCGGUCUGAAGUCCCUGGGCCUGACCAUCACCCAGUGCUAUGAGGAGGUGGGUCUGCUGCUGCUGUUCCUCACGGUGGGGAUCUCCAUCUUCUCGUCGGCGGUCUUCUCUCUGGAGCGGGACGUUCCGGGCUCCACCUUCGUGAGCGUGCCCGUGGCGUGGUGGUGGGCCACGACCUCCAUGACCACGGUGGGCUACGGCGACGUGAGACCGGACACGGCAGCGGGGAAAGUCCUAGCCUUCGUCUGCAUCCUGUCCGGCAUCCUCAUCCUCUCUCUGCCCAUCGCCAUCAUCAAUGAGCGCUUCUCCCACUGCUACCUGUCACUCAAGGUGAAGGAGGCGGCGCUGCGCCACAGUGAGAUGAUAAAGCGAUUGGCCCGAGGCUCAGUGGGCGGGGUAGAAGGGGAGGGGCCAGACGGUGGAGGGGAGGGGCUUAACCUGCGCGACGUUUACGCCUCCAGCGUCCUGGAGAUGAUGCGACUAAAGGGAAGAGAGAGAGGCAGCACACGGAGCAGCGCCAACGACGGCGCCCUCUGGUGGUGA